CCACUCUUGACUUCGUUUUUCGGGAUCACCGCAGGUAGUGACGUAUCGUAUCGUCACUUCCUCGCCGCCCUUUCUCUCGAGCGCACGACGUAGCCGACAGCUAUAGACACGAUCGAUGUUUCAUAGCGGUUAAGGCGAGCCGACCGCGCGUCCGUGUUGUGGAACAAAGUCGCGUGCCGCUUGUUUAAGACCACGCGGCACGCCUCAGACGAUGAAGCGUGCUCGAACCGGCGGCUCUCUGAGCCGAGUUUUCGCGGUUUUGAUCUUCGUGUGGUGCGCCUCGGCGCUGGUGACUGGAGUUCCUGCUUCUGCUACCAACGGCAGUCGUUACGAGUCUGGGUCAGAAACCGACGACAACGACCAGAACGGCGGAAGUCUGUCGGGAAAGAACUAUAGGAAAGCGCACGUUAACGUCAUAGAGGCGCCUGGCAAGAACGUGACGAAGACGACAAAGACGACGACGACGACAACGACGACGACGACAACGACGACGACAACGACGACGACGACGACACGUAGACCCAGCAUCUCGGUCGUGACGGUGACGAAAAAGGUGAGGGUGGUCGUCGUGUACGAGUCGCACUGCCCCUACAGCCGGCGCUUCAUCUACGGUCAGCUCCUUCCCACGUUCCUGAAGAUGAACAAGUUCAUGAACCUCACCAUCUUGCCGUUCGGCAAGGCCCGCGUCGACAACGUCAGCGCCGCGGUGCCUCGCUUCACCUGUCAACACGGCACGAACGAAUGCAUGGGCAACAUGAUCGAGACCUGCGUAGUGCACGUGGUGAAGAAGCAGAUGACCGUCGUGAAGAUCUUGGCCUGCAUGUCCCAGAGCUAUCAGCCCCACCUGGCGGGCCAGAAGUGCGUCGAAGACACGGGGGUGAAGUGGUCGAAGAUUCAAAAAUGCGUGACCAACAAGGGAACCCGCUACCUGCUCGAAACCGGCCUGGCGACGUGGAAGAUACAGUCCUACGUCGCCCGGGUGCCGCUGGUCGUCGUCGACGGAGAGAUGGACAACUACGUCGAGUACUACGCCCAAAAGGAUCUCAUGAAGCUCAUGUGCGAACACCUCCCGUACGACGACUACCGCGUUUCGCCAUGUGCUGCCGUGGGCAAGUGAAUCUGUGGUGCGCGCCUCUCAGGCUAACCCAUUCCGCAUCGCUUUUAUAGGAAGUAUACGUGGAAUACAGGAAGUGAUGGGUGGUCAUAUGAAAAUACGUGUCCCUUUCUCGAAAACGACUCCUUUGCUCUGUCUGUAGAUCUCUUUUUUUCCCCUUCUUUCUUCUGCGUGAGACGUCUGUAUACGCCGUCACUUUCCUCCGCACUGACGACGAUGCGGUGUCCAGUAACGUGCUCGGCCUGUCAUCGACGUUGCUGUUAGCGCCGUGAACGUCGCUGGACCGCGAGACUCGAUCAGGUGGAGACGCUCAGGCAGCAGCAUUGCUCUGUGAUUGCUCUGUGCUCUGCAUUGCUCUGUGAUGAUCGCUGCAGCUCUGUUGAAACAAUUUCGUGCGCAGUGCAAUGAUCCCUCACGUGUUUCGCACAUAAUUUUUUUUAUGUAAUCGACAAGGAUUCCGUACAAAUUCCGCAUACCUACCGCAGUAAUAUCGCGGAAAACACGUGGGAUCAUUGGUCUUCGCACACGACGUGUUUUUGAAACGUGAAUUUUGCUUUGCAUAUGGCGCGCACACCAUAACGCUAGUUUGCGUUUGUAGCCUGUUCAUGGCUUUGCGGUGUUGUGGAGGCAAGUUAUGGCGUAUCACCUAAUCAGUAGCGUAUCCCUCACAAAGCUAUUCACAUGAUAGAAUUUUCGUACGAUUGGUUGGCUCCUUCGUGGUAUCGCGUUGCUGGCAACCGUGAAUGGGCAGUCAGUGGUACGCAGCAACCGGGGAUCAGAUUCAGGUUUGAUUCGUACGGGUAUGCACGUGUACUCACGUACAUGCACGUGGUAAAAAUGUACGUAUUCAGAAUAUUCUGUUCAGAAAGAGGUGGCCAUAGUCAAUCACUGUACGAAGAAUUUUAUAAAUUAAACGUAGAACUUAAAUUGCCAGAUAUAUAAAGUACUACGUGACAGUGAUAAUUCUAAAAUUCGGCGCACGUUAAAGAGACAGAAAGCGAAGAUAACGUAAAUGGCAGAAAAGUGAUAGAUAGCCAUUUGCAGCAAUAAUAACUCAGCACUGUUUUAACAACAGGGAAAGCCGAAGGCGAAUGCUUUUAGAAAUCCCAAACAAUGUGAGUUCAAUCUUACUUGAGAGGAGUUUGAGAGUUCGACUGCUGAUGAGUUGAAGCUUAUAAUCGUGAAUAUAGACGGCCCUUAGAUUGUAUUUUCACUUCGCAAAGACCGCUUUGUUUUCCUAUUGCUUUUUUGAAACAAAUUCUGCAGAACUAACCACAAACAAAAGUUGUUAACAAGUCUACUUAGUUUGUUUUAUUGCGGACUGUACACUUCCGAAAAUGUUCCCUGAUGAAAAAUGUAAGGGUAUACGUCCACAGCCUGUACCGGGCGUUUCAGCGAACACUUUUUUUUCAGAUUGCCUGUAAAUCGCGAUAUAUGCCAUGAAGUAAUUAGUUAAAAGCUAAUUAGUCGAUUAUAUAUUUCAAUUUUUUGUUCAGGUAAUGUCCGCCUCUUUGAGUAUAGACCAGCUCACGGACUACAAUUGUGUUGCCUGCCGCAGGCAAUUUAACGAAAAUGUUUUUUUUUUUUAGUGUUAGCUGAAACACCCUUUACAUUGGCAACGUAUCGGCUUCCCAGAAAAGCGUCUAUAAACUUUAAUAGGCUGUCACAAAAACAAACAAAUAAAAGGAAUUAAAAAAAAAACUUUGUUAGGGAGCUUUAUCUUCAACAAAACUACAUCGUUUUGUGGAAACGGAAGAUUAGAGCUGCCAACUGCCACGUUUGCAGGAAGGGUUAUGACCGCUUCUUUUCGUAGUUGGAAAAGCGUUGGGAAAGAGAGAAAGUGCCGCCGGCGCAGGUCACCGAUUCGGUCACUUCUGCUGACGCUUCCGUCACUAUUUGCGUGCGACGUGCCAUUUUCGAUGCGCGCUGCCCUUGUCGUCUGCUUUCUUCACGCAGCCGCAGAAGUUUUCAAAUAACUUCGACAGUAGCCGAGAAAUUCGAUGACGUCACUAGGUGCGGAGAGAUGUCCUAAAUUAUGGUGAUGCUAAAAGACUCACGUAUACUGCCUUCUAAUAUCGCGAGGUUUAAGGAGUUUUUUGCAGUCAUAUUUGCGUGUUGUAAUCACGCGCGAUGAGCGAGGCUACACAUAGUAUGCACGUGACGUCACAUCCGCUGCUGUCGUCUGCUUCCGCUACCUUCCGCCAUCUUGGGGUACCUUAUCAACAGGCGCGCGCAUAGGCCUAUAGGUUCCCCAAGAUGGCGCUGCCGUAAACCGGAAGUCGCGGAGUAUCGUUUAAUGACGUAUGUGCAUACUAUGCAUAGUCACGUGGGCACUUUUCUUGCCUCGGAGUGACAUCCGACGCCUUCGGUCACCGCAAUUUAUCGCUGUGCGUUACAUCGGGGCAAGCGACGGAGAGCUGUUUUCGAGAAGGGGAGCUUUUAUUCUUUGUGUUGUUUUGUAUAUGAUUGUGUGCCAUACGAGAAUCUGUGUGCGGGUUCUACAGUUUACAAUUCUAGCGGCAGUUUCAGCCCCUGCCAUCCAUAGCGUCCGUUCAAGUUGUACCUGGUUUGUGAUAUUUUUCUGUAGCGGCGAUGACAUGCAGUGGCGGCUUUAAAGAGAUGCUAUUGAGAAGCAGUAAAUCAGUCAAAGACUGGUAUAAUACUCUUCUAAAAAGGUCGUUUGCAUUCCUUUGGCGAGAAAGGGCUGCUUGUGAGCGGAAUGAAGGCCGAACUUCCGUCUCUCGAAUUUCGCGUCCAGUCCGGGCGCAGCGCCUAUGACGUCAACGUGACGUCAACUUGACAUCGAGUCUUGCAGGUGAUCUUUCAUUAUUUGCAGGUUGCUUUAGCCAAGAAAAAAGUUCUCACAGUGGCCAGGUCGAGUAGUUUUUUUUUUAUCUGCUGGAUAAUACAACGUUAUCCUUCUUUAUAUUUAAGCAAUUUCCCAGCAAACGCUGUCAAAAGCUACGAUGCCAUAGCGACUUGUUGCCGGAAUCUGAAAAAUCGCUCACGUUCUUUUCCGGAUUACGAAGCUUCCGCGAACUCUGAGAUUGACGUAUAUGGUAAUUCUAACGUGUGUCGAAAUGUCCGGCUUAUAGCUCGACAUUUCUUCGUUAACCUUUUACUGCACAAUUUUUUGUUUCCUCAAAAUAUUAUUCAUGGCGCUGUAGGGAAGCAUAAUAGUACCUGUACUCCCAUGGAAACUUACUUUAGCGAAUGUCUGUGGUUUCAAUUUGCAGAAAAAGGGUAUGUUGCAUAUUUGCAACAAUGUGCAAAUAAAGAAGAAGUUGAAAGUAAAAGAUAGAUUUAGUGCGAUUCAUACUCAGAUGCUUAUUUGCACAAGACAAUCAUUGGUGCACCUAUGAUUUAGUGUGGAACAAAAAGAAGCACUUGUACAUGUUUGUGCAGCACAGGUGGUUCCCACACUUCGUGCAGUACGUCAUGCAGAUUCCCGUCCAGCCAGGAAACAAUGCAGUGUUUUCGGGUUAUUGACAAAAUGUAGAACAUCGAAGCACAGACGUCAAGCUGUGCCCGUGACGACGUGACACGGCAACGUGCGGAGGCACAGCGUACUUUUGAAAAGAAAAAAAGGAAAUUUGACCAGAGAACAUCUUGUCCACAUAUUGAAUCGAAACGGACUUACACUCGUGGCUGUCGUGACUAAUUGAAUAGUCACUGCCUUCACUAUCAGGAGGAAUUUCUAGGCCAUACCAGCGUUUCGAAGCCAUUUCAUUAUUCCGAAGAAAAUAAACCAUGUACACGUUGUUGCAUUUGUGCAACAUAGCAACGUUCUGUCGCCAGGAACAAACUAUUCCGAAAUUGCAAUAUUUUUUUGAACCUACAGAGUCAGAAGGAUGUGGAGAAUAGCGUAACAAUUUUUUUUGCGCUUUGUCUUAUGGAGAAAUACAUUUACAAUUUGUAAAACUUACCUAUAUCACUGCUCCUGGGUGCGCGCAGCCUCCGCCACGUUUGUUUUGGUAGAAGAUGCAAAGAAUUAGCACAGAUUGCAGCACAAGGUGCCGCGUUUUACAGACCAAUGUUGCGGAUAUGCAACAACAUGUACAGGAAGCUCGAAACUGACUUUGCUUCGGUUUUUAACGCCGUUCAUCAGAAUGUUGCGUAAAUGCAACAAGGUGCAGUAAAGGGUUAAAGGGACACUAAAGGGAAACAAUAAAUCAGUUUAGAUUAAUGAAGCAUUGUUUCAGAACUCUGCAGGCAGUCAUUUCGAAAAGAUAGCUUGAAUAUUACAUGAGAAAAUGAAGGUCCAAGUAUCAGUAUUUGAAUUUCGCGCCGAAACCCCAGCGCCGGUGCGUCAGCGUGACGUCAGGGAUUCCAAAGUAUGUUUUCGCAUUUGGGCCGCAUUGGCGGAGUAAAGGUUCCGGAAAUUUGCCAUGUUUAAUAUCUGAUUCCUUUAGAACACAAUGUGGUCAAUCUGUGCCGCUAUAUAUAAUUAGUAGGCCCUAAAAGAUGCCAUCAAAAUCCAAGGCGUCACAGCCCCCAGCUGCGGGAACUUAAGUAUAUGCGUCGCCACCGGUAUUUCGUUCUUGCGCUUUUUCUGGCUUACCAAACGCCUUAUCGUUGUAAGAGUGGUGUUUUUGGUGUUGUAGAAAGGUAAUUUACUGAUGCAGAAGAAAUCAUUUUUCACUUUAGUGUCCCUUUAAGAUAACACCUUAUCAA